AUGAACUUAGUAUUGAACUGGGAGAAAUGUCAUUUCAUGGUUCAAGAUGGAAUAGUCUUGGGACAUAAAGUAUCGGCAAAGGGGAUAGAGGUGGAUAAGGCGAAAAUUCAGGUUAUUGAGAAAUUACCACUACCUACAUCACUAAAAGGAGUUCGAAGUUUCCUUGGGCAUGCAGGGUUUUACAGGAGGUUUAUAAAGGACUUCUCCAAAAUCACCAAGCCUCUGUGCAACUUGCUAAUGAAAGAGGUAUCUUUUGAGUUUGAUGAGGAAUGUUUGAUAACGUUCAAUAGUUUGAAGGAAAAACUCACAAUAGCACCUGUGAUUGUGUCACCUGAUUGGGAUUUGCCCUUUGAGCUAAUGUGUGAUGUGAGUGAUCAUGCAGAUGCUAAGCCGAGAUUGAUCCGUUGGAUAUUGUUGUUACAAGAGUUCGAUAUUGAGAUCAAGGAUAAAAAGGGCAGUGAAAAUGUGAUAGCCGACCACCUAUCAAGAUUGGAACGGGAUGAACCUGAGAUGUCAGUUGACAUCAAUGAAAUCUUUCCAGAUGAGCAAAUUUUUGGAGUAGAAAUAGUCCCAUGGUACGCCGAUACCGUUAACUACCUUGCUAAGUCCAUCCCGCCACUAGACUAUUCUAGCCAUCAAAGAAAGAAAAGAGGCCCAGAUCAGAUAAUCAGAAGAUGUAUUCCUAAAGAUGAAGUACCUGAGAUUCUAGAACAUUGUCACUCUUCUGCAUAUGUUGGGCAUUUUGAAGCUUCAAAGACUGCUGCAAAGAUACUACAGUCGAGUUUCUACUGGCCUACUUUAUUCAAAGACACAUUCGAGUAUGUGAAGAGAUGCGAUAAAUGUCAACGAACCGGAAAUAUCUCAAGAAGAAAUGAGAUGCCACUAAAUUACAUCUUGGAGGUUAAAAUAUUUGAUGUAUGGGGAAUAAACUUAAUGGGACCUUUUUUCCCGUCAUACUCAAAUCAAUAUAUCUUAGUGGCCGUUAACUAUGUCUCUAAGUGGGUAGAAGCUGUUGCAUUGCCUACUAACGACGCGAAAGUG